AUGCCAUUAGUGGAUACUACUACAAUCAAUUCACAAGUCUCUGGUGCACCGUUGAAUCUGAAGUGGACAUAUUUGGACGGAAUAACCACUGUUGUAAUAGUUACCAAUAAUCUUGGCACAUCCCAAUGGCUUGGUAUUGGCUUGUCACUUGAUGAUCAGAUGGGUGAUGAUCAUGUAUUUGUAUGUCAACGCUUGAAUGACGAUACAAUUCAACUUCAACGUUUUAUUAAUCCAGGUGGUUAUUCGUCUCCAACCAUAGCUACUGCUGACUCGAAUUAUGGUGGUAUAUUCAAAGUAACUCGGGUAGCUCUAAAUAAUGGCAUGGUUUAUUGUGAAUUUACUCUAUCGAAUUUUACUACUACAACAGGACGUCGAAGAAAACGAAGCAUUUCUAUACUUUCACAAAAUACACAAUAUCGUAUUCUUACAGCCGUAGGACAAUUAGAUAGUUCAAGUUCAUUAUUACAACAUUCCUCAGUUACUGUGCAAACUAAAAUGAUGCAACUCAAUCAACCAGGAACAAUAGCACUGAUUAAUAUUGAAGGGUCAGAAAAUGAUAGAAAAAUUUUCUUGCGAGCUCAUGGUAUUAUUAUGUUAUUUAUUUGGAUGCUAUUUGUUUCAACAGGUAUUUUCAUUGCUCGAUAUUUCAAACAAUCUUGGCCCAAAAGAAAACUUUGUGAUAAACCUGUGUGGUUUGCUGUCCAUCGAUUAAUUAUGAUUUUUGCUGCAAUAAUGACGCUGAUUGCAUUCGCAGCUAUUCUUAAGUAUAAACACGGUACCUGGAUUUCUCAAAAUCUAUCACGUGAAUUUGCCCAUUCAAUCAGUGGUGUGCUUGUUGUUGGUGCUGCUAUUAUCCAACCAAUGAUGGCUCUAUUUCGAUGUCAUCCCGAUCAUCAACAUCGAUUUAUUUUUAACUAUGUAGAUGCCAUGGUCGGCAUCGGCGCAUUGAUUUUUUCAAUUGCAACUAUUUUUCUUGCUACUCUGUUUACUAUGUUUGAUUUUGUCAUGUACAAACCUUGGCGAAUUCUUGUGGCAUGGGCAUCGAACAAUUAUGCAUUUAUUUCACGGUAUAGAGAUCAUAUUGAUUGA